AUGUUAAGACACAAAAACUCAGUCGAUAUUAUUCAUCAAGUAGAGAUUGUUGGUGUCGCGCGGAUUGUGUAUGAUGAAAAGGCAAUGAAGUCAUUUCAGGGUUUAUUAAUUGAUAAAAAUGGCAGAUGCUUUUCAUUAAGUGGUUACAUUGUUCCAGACGAAAAGCAAUAUAAAACGCAACAAUCAACAGUUUUGUCGGCAAAUUUUGAUGUGUUAGAUGAAGCUAGCCAUAAUUUUAAAAUUGAUAAUGUAAUCAUGAAAUUAGAUAUUGAACCAAAAACAAGACAUCGUAGGAUAACCUUAGAGCAUCCAUUACUCAAAUUUAUUACCGAAAGAUGUCAUCGUGGAUACAAGGCAGAUAUAGAAAUUUUUGAACAUAUAAAUCCUCAAAUGGUUGGCUAUGGUUGCGAUCUUUUUGUUGGAAAUAUGACAAUUCGUAUAAUAAGUACAAACUCUUUUGUACCGUUAGAACGACGUUUAAGUGUAAUGGAUGAUAAUGUCGUCGAAUCGUCCAGUGAUUUUCUGGCCUAA